AUGGUCAUCCAGCACGAAACGCCCGUCCUCGUCGUGGGCGCCGGGCCCGCCGGGCUGAUCGCGGCUCUGCAGCUCGCCGAGAACGGAGUGUCAUGCAUGCUCGUCGAGCGCAAUCUCGACACCACCAAGUGGCCCAAAAUGGACAUCACCAACUGCCGCAGCAUGGAGCUGUUCCGUCGGCUCAAGAUCGAUCGGGGGUUAAGGGAAGUCGGAGUGCCGCAGGAAUACUCCUUCGAUGUCCACUUCAGCUCUGGCUUGUCUGAUGGAGGCGAACGCAUCGCCAAAUGGGAUCUCCCCUCGCCCGACUGGUGGCGCGCCCACAUCAAAGCAAACAACGACGGCUCCAUGCCCCGCGAGCCCUACCAGCGGUGCUCGCAGGCCAUCUUCGAGGCCUGGCUCAAGCCGCGCAUCCAGGCCCAGCCCCUGAUCGAGUCCCACUUUGGCUGGAAGUUCGAGACGCUGGCCGAGACCGACUCCGGCGUCGAGAGCGAGCUGACCGACACCGUCACCGGCGAAAAGCACCGGAUCAAGGCCCAGUACGUCGUCGGGUGCGACGGCGCGGGGAGCCGGGUGCGGAAAGCGAUCGGCGUCGAGCUGAUCGGAGGUCCAGUUCCCGCCAAACUGUACCUCGUCCACUUCAAGUCGCGCGACCUGAGCCGCAUCCAGCGACAGGGCCAGUUCUGGCACAUCUUCUUCACCAGCGGCCACGCCAUCAUCUCGCAGGACGAAGUCGACACGUGGACGUGCCACACUCCGCUGCCGUUGGACUUCGACGUCUCGACGCUCGACCCGGAGCAGGUGGUGUACAACGUGCUGGGGGGUUCCCGGGAGCCGUGGCCCAUCAAGAUCGACCAGGUGCUCGUGACCAGCAUGUGGCGGCCGAACAUCUGCAUCGCCGAGAAGUACAUCUCGUCCCACGGCCGCGUGUUUCUGUCCGGGGACGCGGCGCACCAGAACAUCCCCACCGGCGGCUACGGCAUGAACACCGCCGUCGGGGACAGCUUCGACAUCGGCUGGAAGCUGGCGGCCGUGCUGUCGGGCUACGGGGGUUCGGCACUGCUGCAGAGCUACGAAGACGAGCGCCGCCCCGUCGCGACCAGGAACAUCGAGCGCUCCGGCGUGCACUGGUCGCAGCACUCGUUCUACCGGAACCUGGUGAGCCAGACCGGCGACAUGGUGACGGCGCAGACGCCCGAGGGCGACGACCUGCGCCGCCGGAUCGCCGAGCACGUGCUCGCCAACGACGGCGAGAACAAGGACCACGGGAUCGAGCUGGGGUAUCGAUACAACGGGUCCCCCGUCAUCGUCCGCGACGAGGACACGGAGGACGGGGACGAGGUCGAGCCGCCCUGGACGCCGCGGCACUACAUCCCCUCGACAUGGCCGGGGGCGCGCGCCCCGCACGUGUUCCUCGCGGACGGCGCGACCAGCGUGUUCGACCUGUUCGGGCGCGGCCGGGAAUUCUCCCUCGUCGACUUCACCCGCGAGGCGCGCUACAUCGCCGCCUUCGCGCCCGCGGCCCGGAGCCUGGGCGUGCCGCUGAGACCCAUCCAUCUGCCCGACGAGCCGCACGUGCGGGCGGUGUGGGGGCGCGACGCCGUGCUGGUCCGGCCCGACGACCACGUCGCGUGGCGUUGUUCUUCUUCUUCUUCUACCGACCCCGGGGAGAAGAUCGACGUGGGACACGUCCUGGCCGUCGCGGUGGGUAAAGAGUCCGCCGGUGAUGGUGGCGGGAACAGGACCAGGACGAGGCAAGAUGAUGAUGAUCUCGCGAAGGUCAAGCAGAAUGGCUUCACCGGCACCAUUGGCAAUGUGGACCAGGACAAGGUCGAGGGUCUCGCGGCGUUUCAGCGUUGA